AUGACAAAACCUCAAGUGACUUCUAAUUUCGUGAGCAGAGGCGGCCAGCAGGUGGGUUUGUGGCGGCCUGGGCAUACGACGAUCGACGCGCCGCUGAGGGCUGGGCCAAUGUUCCUAGGCGCGACUGGCACUAGGCCGGGGAUGGAUUUGCAGCAGCCUGGAGCUGAGAACUGCAACGCCCCACUGGGGGCUUUGGCGGCUUUGUUCACCAAUGUCAUGGGUGGCCUAGGCGACCAUUCGUUUUACGACGGCCCGCCAGUUUUUGAUGUGGAGCUCUCGCAGGCGGUGGAGCAUCUUACCGGCGACACGGGCUGCUUUUACGACGGACCGCCGAUUUUCGACGAGGAGCAUCCAGGACCAGAGGAAGAGGAGGUCUACAGUCCUCUUAGAAUUAAUGAACUGAUGACGAGUGACUCAACAAAUGUACUUUCCCUUAGAAGGACAUUGAGUUAG